GGCCGUCAGCGCCGCGCGCCGCGGAGGAGCAUUCCGCACGGCUCCCGCUCGUCCCCAUUUCCGUCCAGUCAGUAGCCACCUCUCCCGGGCCCGCAGCUCCUCCGCGCUCCGGGGCCGGGGCCCCCCGCCGCCUCCCGGCCCCCGCGCCCCGGCCCCGGUCCCCCGGGCCAUGCGGCCUCGGCCCCGCCGGCGCUCGCCGCGCACCGGGGGAGAUGAGGCUCCGCAAUGGCACCUUCCUGACGCUGCUGCUCUUCUGCUUGUGCGCCUUCCUCUCGCUCUCCUGGUACGCGGCGCUCAGCGGCCAGAAAGGUGACGUGGUGGACAUUUACCAGCGCGAGUUUUUGGCGCUGCGAGACCGUUUGCACGCGGCCGAGCAGGAGAGCCUCAAGCGCUCCAAGGAGCUAAACCUGGUGCUGGAAGAGAUCAAGAGGGCGGUGUCUGAGAGGCAGGCGCUGCGGGAAGGAGAGGGCAAUCGCACUUGGGGCCGCCUAACAGAGGAUCCGCGACUGAAGCCGUGGAACGUCUCGCACAGGCACGUGCUUCAUCUGCCCACCGUCUUCCACCAUCUGCCGCACCUGCUGGCCAAGGAGAGCAGCCUGCAGCCCGCAGUGCGAGUGGGCCAGGGCCGCACCGGAGUGUCCGUGGUGAUGGGCAUUCCGAGCGUGCGGCGCGAGGUGCACUCGUACCUGACGGACACGUUGCACUCGCUCAUCUCGGAGCUGAGCCCACAGGAGAAGGAAGACUCAGUGAUCGUGGUGCUGAUCGCCGAGACCGAUCCACAGUACACAUCGGCAGUGACAGAGAACAUCAAGGCCUUGUUCCCCACAGAGAUCCAUUCCGGGCUCCUGGAAGUCAUCUCCCCUUCCCCUCACUUCUACCCGGACUUCUCCCGCCUUCGAGAGUCCUUUGGAGACCCCAAGGAGAGAGUCAGGUGGAGGACCAAACAGAACCUCGAUUACUGCUUCCUAAUGAUGUAUGCUCAGUCCAAAGGCAUCUACUACGUGCAGCUGGAGGAUGACAUCAUAGCCAAGCCCAACUACUUGAGCACGAUGAAGAACUUUGCCCUCCAGCAGCCCUCCGAGGACUGGAUGAUCCUAGAGUUCUCUCAGCUGGGCUUUAUUGGGAAGAUGUUCAAGUCGCUGGAUCUGAGCCUGAUUGUGGAAUUCAUCCUGAUGUUCUACCGGGACAAGCCCAUCGACUGGCUCCUGGACCACAUCCUGUGGGUGAAAGUCUGCAACCCUGAGAAGGAUGCGAAACACUGCGAUCGGCAGAAGGCCAACCUCCGGAUCCGGUUCAAGCCGUCCCUCUUCCAGCACGUGGGCACGCACUCCUCGCUGGCCGGCAAGAUCCAAAAACUGAAGGAUAAAGACUUCGGGAAGCACGCUCUACGGAAGGAGCACGUGAACCCGCCAGCGGAGGUGAGCACAAGCCUCAAGACGUACCAGCAUUUCACCCUGGAGAAGGCCUACCUGCGCGAGGAUUUCUUCUGGGCCUUCACACCCGCCGCGGGAGACUUCAUCCGCUUCCGCUUCUUCCAGCCACUGCGCCUGGAGCGGUUCUUCUUCCGAAGCGGGAACAUUGAGCACCCAGAAGACAAGCUCUUCAACACUUCUGUGGAGGUGCUGCCCUUUGAUAAUCCCCAGUCAGAGAAGGAGGCGCUUCAGGAGGGCCGCUCAGCCACUCUCCGGUACCCCCGGAGCCCUGAUGGCUACCUCCAGAUUGGCUCCUUCUACAAGGGCGUAGCCGAAGGAGAAGUGGAUCCUGCCUUUGGCCCCCUAGAAGCACUGCGCCUCUCCAUCCAAACGGACUCCCCGGUGUGGGUCAUUUUGAGUGAGAUCUUUCUGAAAAAGGCCGACUAAGCGGAAGGCUUCCAAGGGUGCUCUGUGGCCGACUCUGGAGCCUACAGUUCCGAGGAUGUUGCUGCCUCUGCUGCUGCUGCUGCUGCUGCCGCCGCCAGCCCAGAGGACCAGGCAUAUCCACCCCACGUGGAGGGUUCUGCCUGGCAGGCAGCUCGGGCUGGCCUGGGGUCCACCGCUGGCCCGGAGGCCCCAGAAGCUGGUGCUGCCCCUGCCCGCCGGGCCGCGGGAGAGGCAGGCGGCUCCCACACUGUGCCUGAGGGCUGGCCUGCUGCCGCCCAAAAAGAACUGAACCGAACUGUUUGCCCCUGGCCGGACGUCUUCAGCCAGGCCGUUAGAAGAGCUUUUUCUUAGGGUGCCCGCUGUGUGCGGCGCAAACACUGGAAUGCAUACACUACUUUAUGUGCUGUGUUUUUUAUUCUUGGAUACAUUUGAUUUUUUCACGUAAGUUCGCAUAUACUUCUAUAAGAGCGUGACUUGUAAUAAAGGGUUAAUGAAGUAUGUGCCUCAUAGGUGAAUGUUCCCAGUUCUGGCCAGGCAUUUUAAUGUCUGCUUGGCCUAUCCUCAUGCGUUCCCAAAACUUGCUGGUGGUGGGCAUGUGGGGUAUAUGUGGCACACCUGUGCUGUGAGACCCUCAUCCAAUACUGGCUGGCUACUUGGCCACUGUCAUGCCAAGAACUGAUUCCCAGACCCCCUUUACCAUGUCAACUGUCGCAUACCAACACAACCUCAUCCCCACUUAGCUGGAAGAUCUUAG